AUGGCUGUAGAUCUCAUCAAUUUGCUUUACGCUGUGAUUAUUUCGGUGGGUGGAAUCAUCGGUUAUGCCAGGAAAGGAAGUGUACCAUCUUUGGCCGCAGGCUUGCUAUGUGGUAUCGUAAUGAUAUUUGGAUCAAUUCAGAUGGGACAGGAUGCAAAAAAUGUCACACUUUCAUUAGUGACAUCUGCCAUUCUCACUGUUGUCAUGGGAUACAGAUUCAGCAAGUCUGGCAAGUUUGUCCCUGCUGGAGUGGUUACUGUUCUCAGGUGA